AUCCCCUCAACCCCUCAAUUUUACCACUUGGAACACCACUCAUCCUGCUCUCAAAACACAUGCACCACAUCCAUUGUAAAAACAAUGCUCACCAGACUCUUUCUCAGACCCAACUCAGUCAUCCUCUCUCCAACUCACUUCUUUCUCUUCCCCAAACUCUCUCUUACAAAACCCACCAUAGCCUCUAAUACCCUCCCAUAUGGACCCUCCCUUCGAAAGGGUAAAACCUCACUUCACUGCCCUCAACCAAAACUGCGGCGGCGGCAACAACAACAAGAAUAUCAAUCUCUUUCUGUCCCAAAACCCCUUUAUCAAUGCAAAGAAUACCAGGAAGGUGAAAAAGAAGAGGGCCCUGGUGAUGUUAAUAUGAUAAACGAGGAUGACUUCACUCGGGUUUUUGAUAUAGCUGCUCUUAGAGUUCCUGCAAAGGACUGUUUUUCUCUGGAGAGCAGAAUUCGUGGCCAUUUAUUGAAUUGGCCGCGGAUUCGAAACAUUGCCAGAGUACCUGGAGAUGAAAUGGAAGAAAGUAUGGUUUCUUUGUUGGGAGAGAAAGGAAGUGAAGAUGAAGAGAAUUUUGAUGCUUUUAAUAGAAGGAUUUAUGGGAAAGCAGAAGGAGAUGGUGAAGAACUAAGUCCUGUUUUAUACAGGGAAAAAUUGGCGAACGAGUUCAAUUCAAGGGGGUUUAUAAAGUUUAGGAAUUUGGCAAAGAUUUCGAGGCCGAAGAAGAAGAAGAAGAAGAUGGGGGGGAAAGGAGAGGAGGGGGAGGAAAAUGAGAGGGAAAGGAGGGAUGAAUUUUCUGUGGUGGAAGUUGUGGAAGAGGAGGAAGGAGGGGAUUGGAAGGGCUUGUUGGGGGAUGAAUUCAAGGGGAGGGGGAAAUGGAUGGGGUCGACGAGGUUGUUGCUUUUGGACGAGAGGUAUGCGGAGAAGGGAGUGGAUGAGUUGCCCCAAGCAAUCAAGGCUGUGGCACAAGAAGCUAUGAGAGGGAACUCAACUUCUACCUUUAAUCUUGUUAGAUGCAAGCUGACUUUGUUUUAUGAUUACUGGCAGAUGAAUGAGAUCUUGGAGGCCUUACUGCCACGGGAUAUGAUUAUUCCAUCAGCUUUUGAAACAGUUGGACAUAUUGCACAUCUGAACCUGAGAGAUGAGCAUCUGCCAUACAAGAAGCUUAUAGCAAAGGUAGUGCUGGAUAAAAAUAAGCCAAAGAUACAAACAGUUGUAAAUAAGAUUGAUGCCAUACAUAAUGACUACAGAACAAUGCAGCUUGAAGUUUUAGCAGGAAAUCACUCCCUUGUUACCAUGGUAGUCGAGAAUGGAUUACGGUUCCAUGUUGAUUUAGCAGCAGUCUAUUGGAAUUCCAGGCUUGCUAGUGAAAGGCAAAGACUUCUGAAUGGCUUUACGCACAAUGAUGUCCUUUGUGAUGUUUUUGCCGGAGUUGGGCCAAUAGCUCUAUCUGCUGCAAAGAUAGUGAAACAUGUAUACGCCAAUGAUUUGAACCCUUGUGCAGUUCAAUAUAUGGAGAACAAUAGUGUUCUCAACAAGCUUGAGAGGCAUAUUGAGAUCUUUAACAUGGAUGGAAGAAGGUUCAUCGAUGCUAUGUAUGCCAGUCAGAAAGCUCAGUCCAUCACACAGGUGGUCAUGAACUUGCCAAACGAUGCAGUGGAGUAUCUAGAUGCAUUCAGGGGGAUAUUCAAGGAUAAACCCAAAGAUAAAGAAUAUGCCAUGCCAAUGAUCCAUGUUUAUGGAUUCUCCAAAGCUCGUGAUCCAGAAUUUGAUUUCCACGAGCGGAUAAGGAUUGCACUGCAAGAGGUGGCAGUUAAUGUAGAAAUGCGUAGGGUGCGGCAAGUUGCGCCUGGAAAGUGGAUGCUGUGUGCAUCAUUUAGGCUUCCUAUAAGUGUAGCGUAUGCGCAUACUAUGUCAAGGAUGCAAGCGCAUCAAGUUAAAUCCUUUUAGUUUUAAUUUUCAAAUUAUUAACAUUAAACUAAACGGAUGCUGUUUUUCCAAUUCAUCACAUCAUAAAAUAUUUAUUCAUUUCAAUAGAUUUUUUUUUCCUUCUAAA